UUGUUUUUAUCGAAUAUGUCAUACCAUCAAAGUGGAAUGCCUGAUCAACGUUUUCUUUGGGACGUAUUUCAAAGAGUUGAUAAGGACAGAAGCGGUCAUAUUUCUGCAGACGAACUCCAGGUGGCCCUUUCCAAUGGCACGUGGUCUGCUUUCAACCCGGAAACAGUCCGACUUAUGAUCGGGAUGUUUGAUCGCGAGAACAGAGGAACUGUGUCUUUUCAGGAUUUUGGAGCUCUUUGGAAAUAUGUAACAGAUUGGCAGAGUUGUUUUCGGUCAUUUGAUCGUGAUAAUUCUGGCAAUAUUGAUAAGCAAGAACUUAAAACGGCUCUUACUUCCUUUGGAUAUCGGCUCUCUGACCAUCUAGUGGAAGUCUUGCUCCGUAAAUUUGAUCGUUUUGGCCGAGGCACCAUACUUUUUGAUGAUUUUAUACAAUGUUGUAUUGUCCUCUAUACGUUAACUACAGCCUUCAGACAACAUGAUACCGACAUGGAUGGUGUCAUCACAAUCCACUACGAACAGUUUUUAAGCAUGGUCUUCUCACUUAAAAUAUAAUAUUGUCCUAUCUUAAUUUACAAGAUUUUUCACAACAUGGCCCUUAUGUAUAUAUAAAUGUAAAUAGUAGUAAGUAUUGCAUAGCAAUACUUCAGACUUACAUUUAAAAGUAAUGUUAUUCCUUAAACAUAUUUGAUAGAAAUUUAAGACAAAAUCAUACACAAUCAUUUAAAUUUUAAAUUGAUAAUUUAAUUGACAAAUUUUUGAUCCCUUAAAGCCUAAAAUAUUAUUGCUGAGCCAAUGAACAUGUCCGUUGAGUAAGACAAUGCGAUUUUACACUUUAAUAAAAAAACAAAUACAUGCAUAUAUUUCUAAAAUCAA